AUGGCCUCUGACAGACCUCGUGAAACGAGUAUCAAUGUGACCGAGACUCACGACGGAGAUAGAUCUCUUAUCCAAGAUGAGAGACGCCGAAAAGAUAAUCUAAAGGACCGUUUCAUUGGCGCCAUUGACCAAGGAACGACUAGCACCCGAUUCAUCAUCUUCGACGGCACAGGCGUGCCUGUCGCCUCCUACCAGUCAGAGUUUCGUCAAAUCCACGAAAAACCAGGAUGGCACGAACAAGAUCCGAAAGAGUUAGUAGCCUCGGUCGAGAAGUGUAUGGAAGAAGCAAUGAAGGCCUUCCUUGCGCUCGGCCACUCGAAAUCAGAUAUCGAAGCAAUCGGCAUCACCAGUCAACGAGAGACGACCAUUGUGUGGGAUUGGGAGACUGGAGAGCCGCUGUACAACGCCAUUGCAUGGCCAGACACCCGAACCAAGAACCUGGUGCGAGAACUCAAGGGAAAAGAGGGGGCGGAUGACCUCAUCAACAUCUGUGGUCUGCCGUUGUCAACGUAUCCAUCUUCAGUCACGUUAGUGUGGCUUCUGCGGAAUAAUCCCGAAGUGAAGAAAGCAUACGAUGAGGGAAGACUGGCGUUUGGCACGGUCGAUACGUGGCUGCUGUACAAUCUUAACGGCGGUCGAGAGAACAAUGUCCAUGUCACCGACGUCACGAAUGCAUCGCGAACUAUGUUCAUGAACCUGCACGAGUUGAGAUAUGAUGACCGGCUACUCAACUUCUUCGAGAUAGAUAAAGAGAAGAUCAGGCUUCCUAAGAUUGUCCCCUCGUCCGACCCGAAGGAGUUCGGGCGUCUCGCCAUCGGGCCGCUUCGAGGCACGCCCAUCACCAGCUGCUUGGGAGAUCAGUCAGCAGCCCUGGUUGGUCACUGUGCAUUUACUCCUGGGUCCGCCAAAAACACCUAUGGAACAGGGUGCUUCCUCCUCUAUAAUGUUGGCGAAAAGCCCGUGAUCUCAAAACACGGGCUCCUUGCGACUGUCGCAUUCCAACUAGGAGCCCACAGGAAACCGAUCUAUGCGUUGGAAGGCAGUAUCGCCGUGGCAGGAAGUGGUAUCUCUUUCCUCAUGAACAAUCUGGGUUUCUUCCGUGAUUCUCGCAAAGUAAGUGAAGUAGCAGCCACGGUACCAGACAAUGGCGGUUGCGUGUUUGUCACCGCUUUCAGUGGACUGUUUGCGCCGUAUUGGAUCGAUGAUGCCAAAGGAACUAUCUUCGGCAUCACUCAACACACACAACGUGGGCACAUCGCCCGUGCGACCAUGGAAGCCGCUUGCUUCCAGACGAAAGCAAUUCUAGAUGCCAUGGAGAAGGAUAGUGGCCAUAAGUUGUCGGAACUCGCCGUGGACGGUGGGAUGAGCAAUUCCGACAUUUGCAUGCAAUCCCAAGCUGAUAUCAUUCAAAUCCCUGUGGAACGCCCAUCAAUGCAUGAGACUACCGCGCUGGGGGCUGCGAUUGCGGCCGGAUUCGCAAUCGAUAUUUGGACAACUUUUGACGAACUGAAGCAUAUGAACCGUGCCAACACAACCACUUUUGAGCCGAUCCUAUCACCGCAAGAGAGUGCGAAGAUGUAUAAACAAUGGUCGAAGGCAGUGGAGAUGUCCCGAGGCUGGCUGGACACGAGCGAGAUCGAUCCCGACUCGACGGACUCUGGCUAA